CUCCACUCAUCCCACGCACCAACAGAACUUCGAACGGAGUCUACACAUCCAUCCAGACAAUGCCACGAAUACCUCUCGCCCCGCUCGCCUCCCUCACGCAAACCCGCUAUGUCAUCCACCUGACCACCGGCAAACGCCUCGUGCUGUUCCGCCUUCCCACCAUCGAGCCAUCCAUCACCUCCCCCACACCCAAGAACGAAGCCAACGGAUGGUCCUACUACGCCAUGGAAGCGGAGUGUCCGCACGCCGGCGGUCCGAUGCAGGAUUCGUCGAUCGACAUUGAAGAUUCCGCCUACGUGGCCUCCUGCCCGUGGCACGCGUACGACUUCAACGUGGAGACCGGGGAGUCAAGUGUCGGGAUCAAGGCGUGCACGUUCGCCGUGGAUGUGUGGGGCGCGGUGGAGUUCGGGGAUCAGGCGGUGCUGGAAUACCCGGAGGACGGGGUGGGAUUGGUCAAAAUGGAGGCUGUUAGUGAGAAGAUCAAGCUGAAGACGGAGGUAACGGGCAAGCGUGAUGACACCAGCAAUAAGACAAACGGGAACAACGAGACGGCUGCCUCUUCUCAACAAACCACAGAAAAUGACGCUACUCCCUCUGGCCCGGCGGUCUACCUCGACGACAAGGCGACCGUGUGUGACUGGUGCGCGCACAUCCUGAACACCUCGAACCCGGAGCACAAGAUCGAGCUGACGGCGCAUCUGUUCUCCAUCUUCACGGCGCGCGAAGGCACAACCGACCAGAUGGAGAUCGGCGACGGCAGCGGCGUGACGCUCCCGGCGAUCCCGCCCCGCGAUGGCCUCGUCGACAUCAAGCCGGGCCAGAUGCCCCGCGCGGGACGCGGCGGCACGCAGAAGAGUCGUAUCAUGAUGCUGCACGCGCUGGCGAACAUCGAGCAGUGGGCGAUCGAUCUGGCGGUGGACAUCUGCGUGCGGUUCGCGGCGUUCCGCACGACGGCCACGGAACCACGGGGUCUGCCGCGCGCGUUCUUCCACGACUGGUUGAAGGUCGCCAACGACGAGGCGAAGCAUUUCUCGCUGCUGCGGACGCGGCUGGAGGAGAUGGGCUCGUACUUCGGGGCGAUUCCGGUGCACCAUGGGCUGUGGGAGUCGGCGACGCUGACGGGGCAUGAUCUCCGCGCACGGAUUAGCAUCAUCGCGUUGGUGCAUGAGGCGCGGGGGCUGGAUGUGAACCCGAUGACGAUCGACAAGUUCCGCAAGGCAGGCGAUGAAGAGAGUGUGCAGUCCCUUGAAAUCAUCCACAAUGACGAGAUCACCCAUGUGACGACGGGCCAUCGGUGGUUGACGUGGAUCUGCGGGCAGGAGCAGACGGAUCCAGUGCAGGUGUUCCGGUCGAAUGUGCAGCAAUACUGGGUGGGGGCGCUGCGGGAGCCGUUCAACACCGAGGCGCGCAUGCAGGCCGGGCUGGACGAGCGGUAUUACGGCAAUCUCGUGGGAUAUGGUCGGGCGUGAGCAUGGCAGGUUGACGCCACCGUCACCUAUAUCAUCGAGUCACCCUCAUCGAGCGCUCGCUCGAACUCAUCUGUCUGCGCCAGGCUUUAGCAGACAACGACACAGCGUCAAGCCCCCAUUCCCACCCGCAGGGCCGCCCUCGUGGCAAAAAUACCGAGACAAGCAGAAAGCGAAACAGCACUGCAAUUUGUCCUGUGCGCCCAAGUACUAUUCACAACGAAACCUGUACCACAACCUGCAUCUUGUACAUAGCAUACCCAUUAGCGUUAAACGAGUAACCCCACAAGCCAGC